GUAAACAUGAACUGCUGUGGCCUAAUAACCGAGAAAAGAAAACAAGUUCCUCUGAAGAGUGUGGAGGUGGAGGUGCAGGUGAAGGGGCAUGUUGCCACGGUAACGUCUACCCUGCAGUAUGUGAAUGAGGAGGAGCUUCCAGUGGAGGCCCUGUUUGUGUUCCCGUUACCUGCAGAAGCAGCUCUCUGUCAUUUCAGUGCCAAGAUCGCCGACCAGGAGGUGGUGGCCGAGGUGCAGGAGAAACAGAAGGCACAUGAGGACUAUGAUGAUGCGAUAAGUUCGGGGCAACAGGCAUUUCUAUUGGAGGAGAGCGAUGCGAGCCCAGAUGUUUUCCGGCUGGCUGUGGGGAACCUGCCUCCUAAAGAAAGCGCUGCUGUGACUCUCAUCUACGUCAUUGAGCUGGCUGUGCAGGCGGAUGAUGGCCUGCGCUUCUGUCUGCCAGCAGUGCUCAACCCACGAUAUGCACCCAGCAACAUCGGCAAGCUAAUAAUAAUCGUUAUGGACAAUGCAAGUAAUGUGCCCGAGGUAACAGCUGUUCCUGCAAGUAUGGUACCUUAUACUUUGUCCCUUAGUGUCCACAUCAUCUCUCCCACCCCCAUUUCCAAAGUGGAGUCCAGCUGCUCUCUGGAGCCACUGACUUACCUUGACACAGCUCAGACUCAGGCAAAGGGAAGCCAUUCCACGUCUGGAAGGCUGCUGAACGGCUUUAUCAGUUUUUCAAGCACGACCGUGGGUUCUCUGAUGAGCGACUCGGUGGUCAUGGUUAGUCUGUACCCAGAAUUCCCUCCAGAGGUGGCAUCUUCUUUUGGGAAACGUGGAGAGUUUAUUUUCCUAAUGGAUCAGUCAGGCAGUAUGAGGGGGUCCUCGAUCAAAAGUGCCCAGGAAACUCUUCUCCUGCUGCUGAAGAGUCUUCCACUGGGCUGCUACUUCAACAUCUACGGCUUUGGCUCCGACUUCCGGUCCUUUUUUCCUAAGAGUGUGGAAUACACUCAGCAGACGAUGGAGGAGGCGAUGAAGAAAGUGGAGGCUAUGGAGGCGGACAUGGGUGGGACAGAGAUUCUGAAACCACUGCAGCACAUCUAUGGUCAGGAUUACCUUCCAGAUCACCCCAGACAGGUUUUUGUUUUCACUGAUGGAGAAGUCUGGAACACCAACAACAUCCUGGAUCUGGUCAGAACCCACUCUAGAUCCCACAGGUGCUUCACCUUUGGCAUUGGUCAGGGAGCCAGCACUGCGCUGAUCACUGGAAUGGCUAAAGAAGGACGUGGCUUUGCCCAGUUCAUCACAAGCAAUGACCGACUGCAGCUCAAAGUGAUGCAGUCCCUCAGCCUCGCCCUGCAGCCCUCUGUUGUUGACAUCUCUGUGAAAUGGACCCUUCCAGAGGGCGUGUCCGUCACUGCUUUGUCUCCUCCCCUCAAUGUUCUCUUUCAGGGUCAGAGGGCACUGCUGUACGCUCAGCUCACGGGAGAGAGCUCUGGUACCGAUGAAGGAAGUGUCACCGUGCACUACAGUUUGGCGGAGCAACCAGUGACAAACCAGCUUAACUUCUGCCUUAAACCUGCUGAGGACACUGGGCUGGGAGUUCACAGGCUGGCCGCUCGAUCCUUGAUCCGAUCUCUGGAAACGGAGGAGAGGGAAACGAAGGACAAGAGCUUAAGAGAAAAGGUGGUGGAGCUCAGUGUGCAGGCGGGAGUGAACAGCACUUUCACUGCCUUCCUUGCUGUCCACAAGGGCAGCGGACAGCCUGUGAAAGGACCACUGAUGAGAAGGACGGUGCCAGUGGCACGUGAAUUAAAAGGUGGAUCUGCCUCAAGCCCUGCCCAGAAGGAUCCCUACUUGGAGCUUGUCUCACUUCAGAAAGCUGCAGGAAACUGGGAUAUGGAAAGUAAACUUCUUGAAGUGUUUGGCAAGACAGAUGAGGAAGUGACUGAGCAGAUGCCUGCACAGGUGGACAGUGCAGUGUGGGCCACUCUUCUUGCUCUGAUCUGGCUUCAUGGCUUAAAGCCUGCUGAACAGGAAGAGUGGAAGUUCAUCGCCAUGAAAGCCGCAUCCUGGAUCUGUUCUCAGAAAGUGGAGAACCUGUCUGAAUGCAUUCAGGCUGCAAAUGCUCUGCUGGGGUGUCAGGUGAAGGAGGAGAUUCUUGGUCUUGGAGUGUCUCCUGCAGUCUGACCUACAUCUGUCCACAACACUCACCUCACCAUUCAGACUCCACAUCACACUCACGUCGAUUCUUGCUGGAACUAGUGCUGCUGUGUUUCACACAUUUUUGACCACAAGU